UUCAAGCAUGAAUUGGCAUCAUUAGCUCAGGUGGAGCAUUAGUAACAGAGCCUCGACAUUUUAUUGUUGAUUUUUUUCUGUUGGCUGUUUGCUAGUCAAGAUAGUGUUCGUCGCUUUUGUCUUUCUCUGUGGAUUAAAAUUAUAUUUUUAUUUUGUGCUGACAUCAUGAAGUUGUGUUUAUGUUUGCUUCUAGAGGUGCAAAUGCACUGCAGCGUGGUGCCAGUGAUUCACACACUGAAGUAUUUCCACACUGCGUCCUCUCAAGUUCCAAACUUCCCAGAGUUUGUGAGUGUUGGUUAUGUUGAUGAAGUUCAGAUUGUUCGCUAUGACAGCAACAGCAGGAAAGCAGAACCCAAACAGGACUGGAUGAACCAAAUCACAGUAGAGGAUCCAAGAUACUGGGAGACACAAACAGAGAUCGGUGUCUUUAAUGAACUUGUCAUCAAAAACGGCAUUGAAGUUCUUAUGAAGCGUUAUAACCAAACUGGAGGUGUUCAUAUUGUCCAGAAGAUGACUGGAUGUGAAUGGAAUGAUGAGACUGAUGAAGUUAAAGGCUGGUAUCAGUUAGGUUAUGAUGGAGAAGAUCUCAUGUCGUUGGACAUGAAGACAUGGACGUGGACCGCAUCAAGACAACAAGCUUUCCCCUCUAAACUCAAGUGGGACCAGGACAAACUUCUACUAGAGUACAUCAAGUAUUACUACACUGAGGAAUGUCCUUAUUACUUGAAGAAGUAUGUGAACUAUGGGAAGGAAGUCCUAAUGAGAACAGAGCUUCCAGAGGUGUUCCUCCUCCAGAAGACGCCGUCCUCUCCGGUCAGCUGCAUGGCGACAGGUUUCUACCCCGACACUGCUGACCUGUUUUGGAGGAAAGACGGCGAGCGGACCUUCGAGGACGUGGAGCACGAAGAGAUAUUCCCCAACCACGACGGAACCUUCCAGUUGUCGGUGCACCUGAAAGUGGAGGUGAUGGCCGACGUGGAGGGCAUGUACGAAUGUGUGUUUCAGCUGUCUGGCGUCAAGGAGGACUUGGUCACCAAGCUGGAGAGAAGAAGCAUCCUGAGCAACGCAAGCCAUGGAGAGCGUGCAUAUCACAACAUACAAGAUGCCGUCAUGGCGACACAACCUAUACCGGGCUACCGCGCAUGCUCGUCACUCCUGUUGCAUGCUGGACAACUUGAGCGUCGCCCUCUUUUCCACGGCGGCGGUCAUCGCUGUGGCGGCCCUCCUGGCGGCCAUCUUUGUGGUCAGGUGUCACAGAAACAGACCAGACAAGGGAUCCCCUUCCGUGAUCCAGAAAGGACGUCACCUAAAAUUCCGUUUACGGCACAUAGUAAUGUCGUAAUUCAGCUCUGAGUGUGACACCUAAGAUUCAGUCCUACACUUCGCUGAAAGUUACUUGAUGGAGAUGAUAUCAUCAGUGACCCCAUAGAGUACCAGUUGGAGAUAUCACCAGUGACCCCAUGCAGUAUCUGCAGUACUUGGAGAUGAUAUCACCAGUGACCCCAUACAGUACCUGAUGGAGAUGAUAUCACCAGUGAUCCAAUGGAGUAUCUGCAGUACUUGAUGGAGAUGAUAUCACCAGUGACCCCAUGCAGUACCUGAUGGAGAUGAUAUCACCAGUGACCUCAUGCAGUAUCUGCAGUACUUGAUGGCGAUAUCAUCAGUGACCCCGUACAGUGCCUGGUGGAGAUGAUAUCAGCAGUGACCCCAUGAAGUAUCUGCCAGUACUUGAGGGAACAGAUAUCAAUGAUGCCAUGCAGAACCUGAUGGAGAUGAUAUCACCAGUGAACCCAUGAAGUAUCUGCCAGUACUUGAUGGAGACGAUAUCAUCAGCGAUUCCAUGCAGUACCUGAUGGAGAUGAUAUCACCAGUGACCCGAUUAAGUAUCUGCCAGUACCUGCCAAUGCAGUGAUAGUUUUACCUGUAUGCGUAAUAAUUAAGUUAAAUUCUUACUUUAGUAACCUUUUUAAAGCAAGUAAGCUUUGUAGUUAUCAUAAUGUAGUCACAACCCCAGAAUGUAAAGGGAUAUUGAGUAUAGUGGUCUUAUUUAGGGCUUUGUGCUAUACAUCAAUAGGGCGAGUUAGCAAAAUCUGCAUGGGGACUAUAGUGGGCUGGUUGAGUCCAAAAAGUCCAGGGCCAAAUUUUAGUCCCAGUCCACCCCUGGUUGUGACUUGUCCUGUCAAUCAGGUGAUUAUGUUCACAGAUAUACAUUUAGAAAAAUGCACAUGUUGCUUUACUUUAGGGGAAAAUGAGACAGGAAGAGGAUGAGGGGCAAAAAGUUAAAAAUGUAUUAAAAAAAAAAGAAAAACUAAAAUAUCACAUGGUCAUAAGUAUUCAGACCAGGGCCGGAGCUAUAGGGGGGUAUAACCCGGGACCCUUCCCUUGGCUCUGGGCUGGGGAAGUACAGAAGAUGUAGUGUAAGAUGUUGAAUGAAAUGUAAUAACUAGCUUUAUUUUCACUUAACGACGUGCAAAUAAUUUACAAGCCGCGGCCGUUGUUGGCAGCGAGUCAGGCCCGCGAAAUAAGCCAAAUCUCCAGUUAACGAUUAAGUUCUAACAAUGACUAUACUAAACUAUAACAGGGUUUCCGCAAUAUAAGUCAUUAAAUUGAUUUUGCGAAAAUGAAGGCCCUAAAUGACAUUAAAAUUUGAUGCCCAGAAGUGUUAAAACAUUGGUCAGUCAAUCCAACGGAAUGAAAAUGAACUCAAUAACUUCAUCGCUAAAUUGUUACGUCUCCGGCUUUUAAACGACAUACAAAAGGUCUUCUAGGGUCCGAUUUCUUUGGUAACUGUAGGCGUGUAGUCCUUAGCCGUCUCCACUUCAACACACAUGAGCUAAUCUGGCUACCAGGGCAGGUUACGCAAGUCACAUGUGGCUUAGGACGGACCAACUAGACAAUGCUCACAACAGAUCACAGUUCUUUAAUUCUCUGACAUUAGGAUAGGAUAGGUCUUUAUUGUCAUUGCACAAGUACAACAAAACUUGGUUUUCAGCUCAAACCUGUUCAAGAUUAGACAAACAAACAGUGUACAAUAUUACGGAACAAGAACGCUGAUGGGUCGCCAUUAGGCGCCCCGUAAAAGAUGGGAAAAAGGUCAACGCUGGGGAAGGAUGAGUAAAAAAAUACAAUCCAGACUGGGCUCCUAAGGGGGCCCAGUCUGGAGUGGGAAAAAACCUCCAUAGCAAAGCACAUAUACAUAUUACAACAUACAUCUCGAGAUAUCUAGGAACAGAGGGAUGGGAGUUCGGGGUCAUUAUGGUCGGCCGCAGCUCUCAGGCACUGACCAUCCAUUCAUCACCCCUAUGGGAUUUUCAUCGAGGGCGUUGGGUUGGGGUGGUGGGGUGUGUAUGUGUGGCGUAUAUUUUUGUGUCCCUGUACCGCGGCCUUGAUGUAUUGUGCAGUCGCUAGUCCGAAGUCAGCAAUUCCCACAAUUAAUUAAUUAGAGUUCCUUCAGCUGCCUGACUAUCUACUAUACCCAUUUCAAACAGCUGAGAGGGUGUAAAAUACAAUUUUUUCAGGAUGUUUAAUCGACUCAUCUUAUUUUUAAUGCAUCCAAAAUUUUUCAGGAUGUUUAAUCGACUCACCUUAUUUUUAAUGCAUCCAAAAGGAUGCAAAUAUCAUUCUACGGUGUGUCUUUUAAAAAAUAAAAAAAUAAAAUUAUUAAUUAAUUCAGUCAUCCAUUUCCAAACAUUAUUUGCAUUCCUGGUAUGACGUACCAUAAAACCUUUCAACUAUUAAUUUGUAGCGAUUAUAAGCCAUAUUUUCAGAGGAUGUGCAUUUGUAGAGAAAUAAUACUUUAUUGAUUCCUUCAGGAGAGUUCCCUCACGAAAUUUUAAAUUUACAGCAGGUUUUAAAGAGAGGAGUAUUGGUAUUAAAAUUAUAAUGAAACGUUUUCAAAACAGAUUACAUGUUACAGAAAAAAAUACAUUUUUGGCUGCAUUGAGAUGGCCUGAAAUGUAUUUUGAAAAAUUGAUUCUUAAAAAAAAAUGUUUUUUUUAACCGGUUUUCAAAAAUUGUGAAUUAAAUUAAAAACAGGAUGGAUAAAAAUCGC